UCCUCCUCCUCUCUUCUUCUUCUUCUUCCUGCUUUCUAUCCUUUUCUCUCCAUGCGUGACUUUGCCCUCGGCGAACCGUAUUGGACUUCCUACAGUCUUCAAUCCAUUAUCGCAACCUCUCUGCUACUCUCUCUCUUCAUCUCACCGUAAUCCGGACUUUGCAAAUUCAACGUCCAAAAAUGGGCUCCGAAGGAUCAAGCGUCGUCGUUCCCAGGAAUUUCAGAUUACUGGAAGAGCUUGAGAGGGGUGAAAAGGGAAUUGGGGAUGGCACUGUUAGCUAUGGAAUGGAUGAUGCUGAUGAUAUUUAUAUGCAGUCAUGGACAGGGACAAUUAUUGGACCUCCUAAUACUGUGCACGAAGGGCGCAUUUACCAGUUGAAACUGUUCUGUGGAAAGGACUAUCCAGAUAAUCCACCAACUGUUAGGUUCCAAACACGAAUAAACGUGACCUGUGUCAAUCGUGAUACUGGAGUGGUUGAACCCAGUCUUUUCCCCAUGCUUGCCAAUUGGCAAAGGGAAUAUACGAUGGAGGACAUAUUGACACAAUUGAAGAAAGAGAUGAUGUCACCACAAAACCGAAAGCUAGCUCAGCCACCUGAAGGCAAUGAAGAGGGAAGGGUCGAUCAAAAAGGGCUUGUGGUGAAAUGUUGCAUCAUCUAAGAAUUGGAUGAACGGCUCCGUAGGUUUAUGAGGAUGUUAUAUUUGACUGGCUGCUUCUUAGAUUUUAUAUCGUGAAAACGUUUAAAACCGCUCCAAAUACCGAGUGGGUUAUGCGGGUACAUGAUAUGUAAUUAUAUGAACCAAAGGACGAAAGGACUAUGAAAUAUCGAUUCUUCAAUACCUUUUGUUUUCCUUUCAUGACCGAAGCGGUAUAGUUUGAUACUAAAUUCUAAUCAAGACAAUUAUGUUUGUUAUGAAUGAUGAUUAAUAUUUGGUACAACCAAAUAUUAGAACAACUUAUGUUCAACUCCGAAGCCAAAGGGGCUAUUUAUGUGAAACCAAUUAUACA